AUGGAAGAAGAAGAAGACAUAACACCCUUUUGGCUCAAUUCCAACACCUCCAGCCGACUCCGCCGCCGAUCCUCCUCCCUCCUUCUCAACUCCGGCGUCCUCCUCAUCAUCCUGCUGGUCAUUGCAGCUGCUCUCCUCUUCAUUGUCAUCCCCUCCUUCCUCUCCUUUACCUCCCAAAUCUUCAGACCUCAUUCGGUGAAGAAAAGCUGGGAUACUCUCAAUCUCGUCCUGGUGCUUUUCGCCAUCGUUUGUGGCUUCCUCAGCCGAAACACCAUGACUAAUGAAACUCCCAGAAGCGCUUCUUCCCCAAGUGCUUCUCCUUCUUAUGUUGAAAAACCAAGCUUUGAAAGCACCACCCCACGUAGAGGAUGGUUCAGUAAUAGUAAUAACAAUGGCAGUUUGAAUAGGCUGAGGAGCUUUAGUUCUUACCCGGAUCUCAGAGCUGAAGAGGCUUCAUGGAUGAGAAGUGAAAGUGAUUAUCCAUGGCGGUUUUAUGAUGAUACCCAUUUGUAUAAUUAUCGUUCUUCGAGUUUGGAGGAUCAGCCUUUUUAUCAGUUUAAGCCUCGACAAAAGUUUCAGGAUGAAGAGGAAGAAAAAGAAGAGCAAGUUGUUGAAGAAGUUGUGAAGAGAGUUGAUGAUGAUGAUACUACUACUGCUCCUUUUGUUGUUGAAACACAAAAGGAAGUUGUGUAUACGCAGCCGCCUCCGGUGGAGUCGCCGCCGCUUCCACCGCCGUCUCCUUCUGCUCCGCCAUUGCCUAUGGUGGUGGGGAGGAAAGUGGUGAGGAGAAGAGCAACAACUUAUCAAGAUGUUGCAAGGAGUGGUAAAGGGAAAAGAAAGGUUGAUGAGGAUUUGGGUAGGAUCAAAAGUAGUACUUCUUCACCGCCACCACCUCCACGGCUGCCGCCGCCUCCGCCGCCGCAGGUGGAGGAGAUUGAGAGCAGGAAUGAGAAAAAGAGAGGUACAACAAGUGCAACUAAAGAGUUCUUGACUUCGUUGACAAGAAACAAGAAGAAGAAGAAACAAAGGCAAAAGAGUGUUGAGAAUCUUGAUUUUUUCUUCAACUAUGAAUCAUCCUACCCUUUACCACCACCACCGUCACAGCCACCUCCACCUCCUCCGCCGCCGCCUCCGCCGCCACAUUUCUUCCAAAAUCUUUUCUCUCCAAAGAAAAGAAAAACCAAGAAAAUCCACUCAGUCCCACCUCCCCCACCACCUCCCCCCCCACAAAAAACUCAACUUUACUCUUCUUCAGCUUCAAAACCAAAACUUUUGUCCCAAAACGUGUCCACAAAUGCACCUUUAACAACCCACCAGCCUCCAUUGCCAGUCAAGAUAAGGAGUCAAAACAAUGUGGAGGAGACUGUGAGCAGUGGCACUGAAUCACCGUUGAUGAGCUCAAUUCCUCCACCACCACCACUUCCGCCCUUCAACAUGCCAGUGUGGAAGUUUGAGGAGGUGGAAGGGGACUUUGUGAGACUAAAGAGCAUCAAUGACAGUGAUUUUGAUGAGGCUAAUGCUGAGGAAUCCUCUAGUCCACCAGAGGCUGCAGAUUUUGCCACCUCAUCACCAUUGUUUUGCCCAAGUCCUGAUGUUGAUACUAAAGCUGAUAACUUCAUUGCCAGAUUCAGAGCUGGUUUGCAUCUUGAGAAGAUGAAUUCUAUCAAGGAGAGAGGCAAGUCAAAUCUUGGCCCAAGUCAGAGUUGAAUUUUGUAAUUCAUUUAUUUAUUUUUCAAAGUCUAAUGGUAAAUAGAAACAUUACAGGGAAGUUCUAUCUAAGUAUAUGCUUUUCAUUAUUUAUUUCACAGAGUAAGAUGAGAGAUUUGAUGGAUAUUAUAUUGUAUGUAUUUCCAAAUAAGAUGAGAGAUUUUAUACAUACGCCAUGUGACAGAAGAUUAUUAAAAUGAAUGUGGGAGGAAUGUUGCUUCACAGAUAAUGAGUUAGUGACUGCCCACAUUGUUGAUCUUGGCUGCAAAGUUAGUGCCAAUUCUAUCAUUUUCAGUAACAUAAAUUAGCUGUCUUACAAAGGGCAGACCAUUGACAGAUGAUAGAUAUUUCAUUGCAAGAAUCUUUGUUGGGUUUGAUUUGUUGGCCUACCCAACUAUUUUGUCUUUAACACAAAGACUCCAGGUUGUCUCCUGUUCAUAGUCUUCUAGCAUUAUGACUUUUAUUACAAUACCGAAUCACAUAACGUUUACUCCAACCGUAAUAUUGUUGA